GAUAUAAUGAUCUGCAUUGGAAAGGAUAUCACUGUUUAAGAUGCUACAAAUGUUGGUAGCACCAUCGAUAUUAUUGCCGAGAAGUCACCCAACCGCUUAAGACCAUAUUCCUAAUUCAAUUAUAAGUAGUCAGCUAAUGAAUAGAGAGGAGACACCACUACAAAAUCCGAAAUGAAAAAUUCUCGCGUGUACUAUCUCAAGACGCGGUACCAAAAUAAAGGCUUUCAGAACAAACUAUCAACCUUUUCAUAUAGGCAUUUGGAUUCGAACUCAUCAAAAACAAUGUCAUCUAGUCUACAGACAUGGAUAUCUUGGUAUGCUGAACGAUCAUUGUAUCCCACUACUUGCGCUUUAAAAUACGUAUGCGAAUUUUUAGUGGAUAUGUUAUCGAAAGGAUUUGCCUAUAACACAAUCGUGGGUUACCGUACCGCAGUUAGUGAAACCCAUGAACAUGUAGACGGGCAUUCGAUCGAAACACACCCGUGUCGCAAAAACGAUGCUAUCUAUUCACAUCAUAAUCCUCCACCAAUUCUACUCUGAUGACCCUAUAGAUAUAACACCUUCACUUGAUUAUAUAAAGAAUUGAGAACUAACGACGAAAUGUCCAUUAGAAACCUAAUA